GCAAAUUAUACCUAGAUAAAUAAAAAAAAAUGGAAAAAAACAAUCAGACAUAUGGAUGGGCACAGCGCAUGUGCAGCUUUCAGGACAUGCAAACGGACCUAAAUUAUUUGAUACUCAACUUUUUAAUCAAGGAGGGCAGUCGUAAUGUUGCACUUCACUGCGAAGUGGAGGCUAGGAUGAAAACUGAGGAUGCUGGGCGCAUACGGCAAGCUGUGCGUUAUGGCCAGUUGCAAUAUGCCAUCGAAAUGGCCAAGAAGCUGCAUGCGCACUUUGGCGACAACUACAUAUAUUUUCACAUGCAACAAUUGCAGCUUAUUGAAUUUAUUAAUGACAAGAAGGAGAUCAAGGACCGUCCGGAGAAACUUGGAGAACUCUAUCCAGAAGUCUACGAUUUGAAUAGCCACUAUGAGCCCAAGAUGGUGUUUCUAGUCAAGCUUAUCAUCUGGGCUCAGGCCAAGUUGGAUAACGAGGGCUGUGUUUAUUUUCCAUUGUUCGAUGAGGAUUUUGAAAUGGAAAUUCGUCGUGCUUUGCAAGGCAACGAAAAGAAUAAGUAAAUUAUUAAAAUAAAAAAAUACAUACUUUCUAAAAGGCGUAUACGGUGUCUAUUGUUGCAUACCAUGACUAUAAGAA